GGCGAGCGCGCUCGUGUUCACACGCACGCAUACGCACAUUCGCCUUGCUCAGCUACACAGUCCGAUACACCAAUGUAUCCGUUUAGAGUAACCUUGUACUGAUUCUCCCUGGAUGGGCGAUAAUUGCGAUCCACCAAAACCAGCAGCUUGUUACUCUGGGUGAUGUGUGAUUACAAAUUGCAAGACCGAGGGGAGAUUCUGAGUCGAUCACGAAACAAAUGUGUGACUGGGGGAGAAAACGAAAGGAUGUCCUUAACGUGUUAAAAUGCCAGCCUGUGAGAGCCACGAGUUCAUAUUGCCUGGAAUAUGGACAAACAGAUGAAAUAAACAUUUUGCCCGGUCACCUCCCUCUUUUAUCAGCAUUAGAUUUCGUUCAGUUGUCUUAGAUGCUGCAGAUCUGCUGGAAUCGCAUGGAUUUAAAAAAUAUAACAAAUAUGAAAUUGAAUUGACAAGGGACAUAAGCGAUGACAGGGAAAGACUGGAGACUUAAAACAGAUAAACUCGUCUCUGAGUUCAGAUGUGCGGCUUAGUUGUGUCGUGCAGAAAUUAAGUGACGUUCAGUCGUACGCGGAGUAUUUGCUGGUACUGUUGGAGUUUGGGCGCUCUGCAGGACUCUGGACUGCUGAAUUACCAUCUUCUGCUUUGCGGCUAUGCAGCGGGCACCUUCCACCACGCUCUUCCCUACAUGAGGGCUCUUGUCCGGUAGGACUAGCAGCCAAAUAGUCCUCCUGGAUUUCGCCGCGAAAAGUAUCGCUGUUGUGAGCAUCUUCGUUUCGACUGAAUGCUUGAUUGCAAUGCGCGGGGCUGUUUUUUCACAUGAAGCACUGGAAUUUUUGAAUACUCGGUUUUCUUAUCAGAAUCCGCUUUCCCCCGCACCCCCCAGAUAAGUAUUUCACAAGGAACGGAUGAUUUUAAAGUUCUGGAUUGUGCAGGGACUGGGUGGGAGGAGAUUAUAAUAUGGACUUUGUGGCGUCCUGUUGUGAGAUCCGGACAUUAAAAGAGAACGUUAAGAUAUAGUUAUCGUAUUGUGGACAGGGUAACGUUCAUUACGCGUUUACCAGCAAAGUAAUUUAGGUGAUGUUUUUCGUAAUCCGGGAAGACUAUUCAUGAGUGCCAUCCUCCGAUCGAGGACAGGUGUCGGGCAUGACGGCGCUGAGUGUCACGUGGGGCAGUCUCAAAACAAAAACAAUCGUACGUCUACAGAAAUGGCUUACAUUAAAUCCUAUUAUGCGGGUGAUCCGUUGAACAUUUUGCACGGUUUUUAAAAUGCAUGGGAAAAAUGCAAACACUUAAUGUAGGAUAUUGAGAAAGUAGUUUGCAUGAGUUGCUGGCAAAGCAGGAGGGAUUUUUGCUGCAGGACAUCAUCCAGGACACAUCAUGGGAACCAAACAGACUAAGGCUGCAGGGCCGGAGUCUGGAGCGACUCCACAGCACAGCGGCUGGAAGCGGACGCCGACUAAAGAGCGGAGCGACGCCUUCGCCUCUUUCAUGCUGAGGUCGGGGGAUCGGCUGGGCCGAAGCGGGACUCCUCCCCCCUACCAGCGACGUAUCGGCAUGAUCCAGGAGAUGAUGGUUAUGGCCAAGCAGGGGAAACAAGACGAGGCCACAGAAAUGUUAAAGACGCUUCGACAGGACCUGGGCAUGGAGUCCACAUCCCUGGACGACGUGCUGUACCGCUACGCCAGCUUCCGCAACCUGGUGGACCCGAUCACCCACGACCUCAUCAUCAGCCUGGCCCGCUACAUCCACUGCCCCAAGACGGAGGGGGACGCCCUGACCUCCAUGGAGAAGGUGUGCCGGCAGCUGACCUACCACCUCAGCCCUCACUCGCAGUGGCGACGGCGGGGCCUGCUCAAGAGGAAGCCCCAGGCCUGCCUGAAGGCGGUGCUGUCAGUGCCCCCUGCUGGUGACACCCUGGAUCUGUCAGGGAUCCCCCUCACUGCGCGGGACAUGGAGAGGCUUUGCGCCUAUCUGCAACGGCACGCGGCUCGGCUGCGCAGCUUGGAGCUGGGUUUCACCGAGCUCACGGACGACGCCUUCCUGCUCCUGCUGCCCGGCCUGGCAGCCCUGCCACGCCUGGAGACGCUGGCGCUCAACGGCAACCGGCUGACACGCGCCGUGCUGCGUGAGCUCACCGACGCCCUCAAAGACCCGGGCAGCUUCCCCAGUGUCACCUGGAUCGACCUGGGCAACAACGUGGACAUCUUCUGCCUGCCGCAGCCCUUCCUGGUGAGCCUUCGCAAGCGCUGCCCCAAGCAGGGCAACCUGCCCACUAUCCUGGAGUUUGGGGAGAGCCAGGCUAGCGAGCCUGAGAGCCGGGCCGACGGGGACCAGGAGGGAGACGACACCACCAGGACAGAGAGCACAGGAGAGCUCCGCUCUGAGGUGGAGGGUGAGAUGGGCGGCGAGACGGAGAUAGAGGAGAUGCUGGAGGAACUGCUGGAUUUCGACCGGGAGGUGCAAGGAGGGGAGGAUGAGAUGGAGGACGAGAUGGAGGACAGCAUGUGGAUGUUGGAGAGGCGGGGGGAGUCCUCCAAGUGGCAGAGGAGGGGCAUACAGAGAGCAACCAAAGCCGAAGCAGAAGAAGACAGCCAGAGCUUCUCGUCUCGGCUUUCCUGCUCCAGCCAAUCGCAGCAGUCUUUUGAACCUGCUGAGCUAAUGAAAGCAGAGGUGGAGAACCAGCUGAUUGGCCAUAGCAGCAACCAAACAUGAAAAUGCUGCGGAGAAUAGUUCUUGUUCUUGUUUUUUGUCCCUCCAGUGCUCUGUCAGAAACGCAUGAAAAGGAAACCAAAGAGAAAGAGAAAGGAGACUUUUCCGUCAUCUCCGAGUGACGUCCGGAGGAGAUGAUGAGAGGACAUCAGACAAGAUCUGCUUACGAUCAUUAUUACUGUCUGUAGCAUUAUUUCAACCUGACACUUGUGUAAUAUAUACUAAGAAACGUCUCAUAUGUCAGUUAACAAGUGGAGGAGCUGCUCUCUUCCAUCUGCAGCCGUGCAUGUCCUGCGAGGGGCCGUCGCAUGGCCUAGAUCUUCAGCGCAUUCCUGCUGUGUGUGCCGGACACUUUCGGUGGGUGGGAGGAGCCCUGCAGCCGUAGUGCGACACAGCUCUCAUUGUGGGCGUGUGUCAGCCAUGACACCGAGCGGCACGAGAAUGUGCCAAAGUGCCGGGGGGAGGAGGCGGCAGGGGCGGAGCCAGAGGAUCAGGAAGUGACAUCAUCACACUAUACAGGGCAUUGAUCUGGAGGUUUGUGCUGGGGAGGCGAAUGGGGAAGGAUAUCAUGGUGAUUUGUUUUUUUCUCCAUCUUAGAGCAGCUCUAUUUGUUCAGAUAUGAAUCACAAAAUCUGAAAAAUAAUUUGGCAGGUAAUUUAUAUAUUAGACAUUACAUGUAUCCAGUAACAUUUGAUUGUUUUUCAAAAUAUUUUAUAGUACACUAAGUAUUUUUUGAUAAGAUAAUUUAUGUUUUAUUGUCUUAAGGCUGUAUUCUAUCCACGUUUGUAGAGAUCCAUGAUGAUUUCUAAAUUGGUGAGAGUUAUACAGGUGUCCAUUGCAGAUUUCACUCUUUUCUCUUUUUUUUGUUUGUUUGUUUGUUUAGCUAUUUAAUGCAUUAUUAAUGCAGAUGAUAUGUGUAUUAGAUGAUAUCAUUUUAACUGUGUGUGUUCUCUGGUGCAUAAGCCAAUCAUUGCUUAGCAAACAUGCUUUUCUUUGAUGUUUUUGAUAAAUGCCUUUACAUCCUGUCCCUUUUAAGGGCUCCUUGCAGGCCAUCUGCCUCACAUCUUAACAGGAAUGCAGUUCUGGCCCCGCCCACCACUGUGCCUGUCUGUCCACUUCAGCUCGCACCCCUGAUCCCAGACAUCCCUAUCUGCUCUUACAGGCCCAUCAGCCUUGAAUAUGCCGUUGUAUGAAAGUAAUUCAGAAAAUCAGCUCAAAAUCUUCCCCCACCUUGGCUUCUCGAACCCCCGGUGUCCCCACUGGUGCAGGGAGCAGCCAAUCCCCAUGGGUCUCCUGCCAGCUGAGCAUGAAAAAGAAGAGAGAGAAAAGAAGAAGUAAAUAAUGAUAAAGAGGUGUUCGGGGGAAAAAGACAAUCAGAGAGGAGCCCGGCCAGGCGUAUGGACUGGGCCAUCCACAUGCUGACCUGGUUCUGCUUGCUGAGAACAGUUUUCGUCCAGCUACUUCCUCCAACAGGAAAAAUAUGUUAUCUGAAUAAUGUGCAUAAAUAUGUUUUGUGAAUAGGAUGAAAUAUCAAACAACAAACAUGUGACUUAUGCAAAGAAACAGAAGUGUGAGAAUCCCAGGUUUAAUUCAGGCCUUGUUUCGCUCUCUGCGCUGUAUACUGUGGUGUUUUCCAGUCUGCUGCAGGGAAUGUGCUGCGUGUAGGAAAUUCAUGUAACAAUAAAGCUCUGCUGGUAAUUCAGAAAACAAAUUUCUUGCUGUUAUGCUAUUUUAAAAAAAUCAUUAAAAUGAGAUGGAAUCAUAAA